GUCUUUUCUUGGCUUCCUUCCUACGGGGGAUCCUGCGGCCCCUCCCCGAGCCAUCUGUGGGUUUCCUCCGGUUUGCAGCUGCGCCGGGAAGCGCGUGGGAAGGCAAGCUGCGAGCCUUUGCAAAUUGCAAUGCCCAGAAGGCGACAUUUGCAAAGGGGGCUUGGCUUUUCCGCCUGAUUUGCAACCCCCGUUGUUGCGUUGAGACCUAUUGCAAUUGCAAGGUGGAGACCUGUUUGCAAUUGCCAAAGGCCGAAGCAAGCGCAGCAGCAGCAGCAGCAGCAGCAUGAUCGUGGCGGCGGCGGCGGACCGGAACAAGGAGCCCAUCCUGCGGGUGCUGCGGCAGUACGUGAGCCCCAGCCGGCCGCAGGUGGAGGCGCUGGAGGUGGCCUCGGGGACCGGGCAGCACGCCGUCCACUUCGCCCAAGGCCUGCCCAACGUGCUCUGGCAGCCCUCCGAGGUGGACGCGAAAUGUAUGCAAAGCAUCUCUGCCUUCACCAAGGCCCUGGGCCUCCCGAAUGUCAAGCCGCCCAUCUUCCUUGACGCAUCCCAGAGCUGGGAGACGUGGGGGCUGAGGCCCAGCUCUCUGGACCUCAUUGUCAACAUCAACAUGAUGCAUAUUUCGGACAUCCGCUGUACUGAGGUCUUGUUCCAAGGAGCCGGGAAGCUGCUGAAACCCUGCACUGUGAUGAUCACAUAUGGGCCUUAUGCUGUCAACGGGUGCAUCACCCCCCAGAGCAACGUGGACUUCGAUUACAGCUUGCGGCAGAGAAAUCCAGCUUGGGGGUUGCGGGACACAGCUUUCCUGCAGCAGCUUGCUGAGCUCAACGGUAUGCUCCUGGAGAGGAUGGUUGACAUGCCAGCCAAUAACAAGUGCCUCGUCUUCCGUAAACAGUGAGCCGGCCUGCGGACAGCGUCUGGUGGCCGGUUUCCAUCGUGGUUGAUGUUAUUCCCCAGGUGCAUCUGUGUGUGCAGAAGACUCACAGGUGUCCAGCUUGGAACAAUGGUAUUCGGCAGUGUCCCGUGUACCUGGCGUGUGUGACCCAGCUUGCUCAUCUCGCAGGGCUCUUUUUCUCGCAGGAGCUCCUCUGCAUAUUAGGCCACGCCCCCCUGAUGUAGCCAAUCCUCCGCUCUUUGUAAAGGGCCUACUGUAACUCCCAGGAGGAUUGGCUACAUCAGGAGGCGUGGCCUAAUAUGCAAAGGAGCUCCUGCUAGAAAAAGAGCCCUGUGGAGUCAUCGGAAUCUCGUUGCAGGAACAGGAACUUUUCCUAUGAACAGGGAUUUGGUUCUGAAUUUGGGUGAGAAAGUGGACCGUUUGAAAGCGAGCUGUUGGUACGAUAUUCUUAGGCAAAAAUCCCCGUGUUGUCUUGCUUGCUGCAGUUGGAUUAAAGACCUCCCCCCAAUGGCA